GCAGUGAGCAACAUCAAGACCUUCACUUCCCUUCACACCACCAUAUCACUAAAGAUGACGACCGUUUCUGCAUCCUCGCCCUCGCUCGUUCUCUACACAUCGAAGCGCUGCCCCUAUGCUCAGCGAUCUGAGAUUGCCUUGUACGAAACCAAUUUGGCCUUCCGGAGCGAGCACAUCGAUCUGGACAACAAGCCAUCAUGGUACGCUAGCAAGAUCAACCCAGCCUCCAAAGUGCCUGUCCUCGUCAUCAACGCCGACGCAGGUCCCACGACGGAGAUCAAGCUCCCUGAGAGUCUCGUCAUAUCCGAAUACAUUGCUGAAGAAUACGCGGACCAGCUUGGCGAGAGCGCGCUUCUGCCUGCCGAGGCAAUUGACAGGGCAAGAGUUCGGUACUUGAUUGAACGGUUUAGCCAAGUUAUUGCCUGGGGCAACAUUCGGAGUGCGAUGGAGAAGCAGGACGCUGAGGAGAAUGUCAGGCUGCAGGAGGCCCUGCUGCAGUUCCAGGCCAUGCUCCCACCAACGACGAGCGGGGUUGCUGGCACUGGAGUGGGACCCUUCUUCUUGGGCAACCGCUACUCGUUGGCAGAGGUCGCCAUUGCACCUUUCUUCGGCCGGCUGAUGCUGGCGUCGUCGAAGGGCUUAUUGCCCAACAGCAAAGUCCAUCUCGAAAGGGCUGUAACAACAGAGGACAAGUUUGCGCGGCUUAAUGCCUGGUGGAAUGCCGUCAGGCGUCGGCCAUCAUUUGAAAAAUCGUUUGACGAGGGCGCCCUGGUCGAGUACUAUUCCCGCCGUGUCGCCGAAGGCCAGAAGAGCAAAUAAAGGUUGUAACUCGUCGAUUCCCUCGCU